UUAAGCUUUGUUUCAGAAAGGACUUUUGGUGCAAUGGUGAGCAGCGAUGUGCUUCCACAGGUUUCUGUACCGGAGAUGAAUGAGUUCUUUGAUCCUUCCUCAUCGGAUUCUCAAGAACUACAUGUCCUUGCCGUUGACAAUAGCCUCGUCGAUCGAAAAGUUAUCGAACGUUUGCUCAAGAUCUCCUCUUGUAAAGUGACGGUAGUAGAUAGUGGAACGAGAGCUCUUCAAUUUCUUGGAUUGGAUGGGGAGAAGAACUCUGAUGGAUUCAAUGGUUUGAAAGUUAAUAUGAUAAUAACGGAUUACAGUAUGCCUGGAAUGAACGGAUAUGAGUUGCUCAAGAAAAUCAAGGAAUCUUCGACUUUCAGAGAGAUUCCAGUGGUGAUUAUGUCUUCGGAAAACGUAUUGCCUCGAAUCGACAGAUGUUUGGAGGAAGGAGCAGAGGAAUUUAUUGUGAAACCUGUAAAGCUUUCGGACGUGAAACGAUUAAAAAUUAGAGUUGGUAGUGGAGGUGAAGCCGAUGCGAGAUGGAUCCAACAUAGUCACAAGAGAAAAUUGCAAGAUGCUACUACCACAGAUCUAUCAUCAUUAUCUUCAUCUCCUUCAUCAGCAAGGAAUAAGAAGAACAGAAGAUACCACAGUUGCUUCUACUCCGUUUAG